CAAAAAUCAUAACUGCUGAUUACUUGUGGUAUAUACCUACUUGUCUAUUUAAAUUCAAAUUGAUUUGAUAUUUUCAAAUUUUGUUUCAAAUCAAUUCCAGUAAUUUAUUAGACUAUUUUUAAAUCUAAUAUAAAUUGAAAUUUAAAAUAAACAAAUUAAAACAGAACAUGGGUGUAAACUUUGUGUGAAUUAUCAUUAUAUUAUAAUAACGAAGCUAUUAUACUAUACCAUUUUCUAUAAAAAUGGGCAUUAAAGGAUUAUGGGCUGUACUAUUACCGUACAGUGAAAAGAAGGCCCUGCAUGAAAUUCGAGGUGAAACUGUUGCUAUAGAUUUAUCUGGAUGGGUGUGUGAUAGCCAAAAUGUUACUGAUUAUCAUAUUCAGCCAAAAUUAUAUUUAAGGAAUUUGUUCUUCCGAACCAUCUAUCUCUUACUCGCAGAUAUCAAUCCCAUUUUUGUAUUGGAAGGUGAUGCACCAGAGCUCAAAAGAGAUGUAAUGGCUGCUCGUAAUGCUGUACAGUUUCGUGGUGCUGCUCCAAGGAAUGAUAAUGCUCUUAAUAAACGUCCUGAUGUUGCAAGAAAAAAAUUUAAAUCUAUUCUUAAAGAGUGUGAAGUAUUGUUAAACUGCAUGGGGGUGCAAUGUAUCAAAGGAAGAGGAGAAGCAGAAGCCACAUGCGCACAAUUAAACGCACAAGGUUUGGUAGAUGCUGUGGUGUCACAAGACUCUGAUUGCUUCGCGUACGGCGCUCGCCGUGUCUAUCGCAACUUUAGUGUGUCCAGUGCGGCUGGCGGCGGCUCUCUGCAGGGCUCCGUUGACUGCUAUGAUGCAGAUAAAAUGUUUCAAAAUAAUGGAUUCGGCCGUAAUAAGAUGGUUGCUUUGGCUAUAUUAUGUGGUUGUGAUUAUGGGACCGGUGCUUGUGGUUCGUCGAUAAAUACAGCCGUAUCUUUCUUGCACACUGUACCUGACAGCGACAUAAUUCCCAGGUUAUUAUCAUGGGUGACUGAUAAGCAAGAGUAUGAUGAACGCGCGCGCUGGGCGGCUGCGUCGGGUCGCUGCGAUCGCUGCGGACACGUGGGCCGCUCGCAUACCCGCAACGGAUGCCCCGUCUGCGCUACGCAUAAAGGUUGCAGCGAUAAUGGCCAUAAGUCUAAAGUGACGGAUGUCAAACGCGAACUCUCUUUGAGAUCUCGAGCGUUAACUUGCGGCAUGCCAUUCCCUGAGCCUAAAGUCAUGAAGGAGUUCUUGAACACAACACCAGAGAAAAUAGAUCUCAAUCUUUUGAAAAAUCCCACUCCAAAUCUAAUUAAAUUUGUGAAAUUAAUGUCAACCAAACUAGAUUGGUCAGAAAGGUACUGUGUUGAGAAGUUUUUACCUCUGCUGACCAAGUGGCAUUUACAGGAUUAUGUUCCCUGCAGAACUAUUAAACCGGUUGCAAUAAAGAAAAAAAGGAAUCCUAGAGGCGUCCCUAGUUACGUGGUGCUGUGGGCCGACAUCGAUGGCCAGUACGAAGCGUUGAUUCCAGAUGAGCAAUUUGACCAGGACGAAGAUCCAUCUUUAUCGUGGACUUCAACAGAACGACAAGACCUGAUGAGACAUUAUUAUCCAGAACUAGUGGAAGUCUAUGAAGAGAGUAUUAAAAAACCUGUAAAAAUAAAAAAGUCUAGAGCCAAAAAGAAAGAUAAAGAUGACAUUGAAAAACCAAAACGCAAAUACAAUAAAAAGGUAAAAAAACUCACAGAUGUAGAAAUCGCAAAUCUUAGUGAUACGAUAAAGAAUUUAAACGUUUCAACAAAUGUAUCUGAACUUCAUUCGAGUAAGACUAACGUUAGCGUGUGCAUAAAUAAAUUGAAAAGGAAAUUGAAAACAAACACAAAGAAAGGUCAAAAAACUAUUGAUAGCUUUAUUGCCAAAAAGAAACGCAAGUCGAUCAAAAAGGCAAUGGACUCAUUAAGGUGUAGUUUUAAUAAUAUGUCUUUAAUAAGUGAACUUAAUACAUUUAAAUAUACGAAAACUACAUUAAACGAGAAGGAAAAUAUGAACGAAACUAUUAACUUAUUAGAUUUGUCAAAUCUGGGCGAAGAUAUGCAGGAGAGUGACCUUUCAGAUUUAAUAAAUAACAUUGUCACAAGCUCACCAAUUACUAAGACUGUCACUGUGGAAAAUAAUUUAGUGAAACUAAUAUUCGAUAGUAAAUAUUCAACACCGAGUAAGUCCUUUAGAAAGAGUAUUUUGAGGGACAUCCAAAACAACUGUUCCACUCCCAAUGACAGCCCAAUAAGGAGAAAAAGUUUGAAAAAUUCUUAUAUUAAAAAAUCUGACGUUAACACUAGCUAUUUUUUUGAUAAGUUGACUGAUGAUCGUGACGCUUUCGAAAUGUCAAUGGAAUACAAACACAAAAGUGCGAUUAUGUGCCUAGACUGUGAUGAGACUGUCGACUACAGUUUACCUGACGUAUGUUUGUAAGGAUUUGUAAAAAUAAAUUAUGUGAUAACAAAGGUAA